AUGCCUUGGUUACCACCUCAGUCCAGACCAUUCUUCUCCGAACUCGUUGAGUUGAUUCAAAAGCGAAACUUGCCUAAAGGUAAGGCCUUUCACGGUAGACUCAUUAGAAACGGUCAAGCUUCUUCUUGCUUAUAUAUAGCGAAUUGUAUCGUCAAUCUUUAUGCUAAAUGCGGGGACUUGGUCAAAGCUAGAAUCGUUUUCGAUCGAAUUCCAUGCAGAGACGUAGUUUCAUGGAAUUGCCUCAUCAAUGGCUGUUCUCAACUGGGUUCUUCUUCUUCAUUGGGUGUGGUGAUGGAGCUUUUGAAGGGUAUGAUGGUGGAGAAUGUAUUGCCUAAUGCACACACUUUCGCCGGAGUUUUCUCCGGCGGUUUGGAUGUUACAGGUGGCCGGCAAGCUCAAGCGGUUGCGUUUAAGAUUGGGUGUUUUGGGGAUGUGUUUGUUGGUAGUUCGCUUUUGAAUUUGUACUGCAAAUCGAGUAUUGUUUCGGAUGCCCGAAAGGUGUUUGAUGAAAUGUCUGAGAGAAAUUUAGUGUCUUUUGCUGCUAUGAUUUCUGGGUAUGCUUCUCAAAGAAUGGCGAAAGAGGCUUUGGAGCUUUUCGGGUUGGUGCGGAUUGAGGAAGAUGAGAGUGGGAAUGAGUUUAUUUUCACUAGUGUUCUUAGUGGUUUGACAGUUCCUGAACUAUUGGAUACUGGUAAGAAAAUUCAUUGUCUUGCUUUGAAAUAUGGGUUGUUGUGUUUUUCUGCUGUGGGAAAUGCUAUUGUUACAAUGUAUUCGAAAUGUGGUAGUUCAGAUAAUGCACUUCAAAUGUUUACACUUUUUGAUGAUAAGAACUCCAUUACAUGGUCAGCAAUGGUGACUGGUCUUGCUCAAAGUGGUGACUUUGAAAAGGCUUUGAAGCUUUUUUCAAGUAUGCAUUUUGCUGGGAUUAGUCCUAGUGAGUUUACCUUUGUUGGGGUGAUUAAUGCUUGUAGUGAUCUUAGUGCAAUUGAAGAAGGGAAACAAAUCCAUGGCUAUUCACUUAAGCUGGGAUUUGAGUCUCAAAUGUAUGUGAUGACAGCUUUGGUAGAUAUGUAUGCUAAAUGUUCUAGCAUUAGUGAUGCUCGAAAGGGAUUUGAUUAUUUACUAGAACCUGAUAUUGUUCUUUGGACUUCUAUGAUUGGAGGGUAUGUUACUAAUGGUGAUAAUGAAGCUGCUUUGAAUUUGUAUUGUAGAAUGCAGAUGGAGGGUAUUAUGCCUAAUGAGCUAACUAUGGCUAGUGUUUUGAAAGCUUGUUCAAGCUUAGCUGCUUUGGAACAAGGAAAGCAAAUCCAUGGCCGGACGAUUAAGUACGGACUUGGUCUCGAAAUACCAGUAGGAAGUGCUCUUUCUACCAUGUAUGCAAAGUGUGGUAGUUUGGAAGAUGGUAACAAGGUGUUUAGGAGGAUGGUUACAAAAGAUAUCAUAUCUUGGAAUGCUAUGAUAUCUGGGCUUUCUCACAAUGGCCAUGGUAAUGAAGCUCUUCAACUCUUUGAAGAGAUGUUAUAUGAAGGCACAAAACCAGACUAUAUCACAUUUGUGAAUGUGUUAUCAGCUUGCAGCCACAUGGGGUUGGUGGAUAGGGGCUGGUCUUACUUCAACAUGAUGUUCGACAAGUUUGGCUUAGUACCGAAAGUUGAGCACUAUGCUUGUAUGGUUGACAUCCUGAGCCGCGCUGGAAAACUUAAAGAAGCUAAAGAGUUUAUAGAGUCAGCCACAAUUGAUCAUGGCAUGUGUUUAUGGCGAAUUUUGCUAAGCGCUUGUAGAAAUUAUCGAGAUUUUGAGCUGGGAGCCUAUGCUGGAGAGAAGCUAAUGGAGUUAGGAUCACAAGAAUCAUCAGCUUAUGUUCUUUUGUCAAGUGUAUAUGCUUCUUUGGGUAGAAAAGAAGACGUUGAACGGGUUCGAAGAUUGAUGAAAUUACGAGGUGUUAGUAAAGAGCCUGGUUGCAGCUGGAUUGAGUUGAAGAGUAGAGUUCAUGUGUUUGUUGUUGGUGAUGAGUUGCAUCCACAGAUUGGAGAUAUACGUGCCGAGAUACGAAGGCUAUGGAAGCACAUUAUGGAUGAAGAAGACUGUCUCCCUACAUUUGAACUAGCUUCUGCAUAUUCUUUUGCUGUUUAAGUGAUCAAAGCUCAUUUUGUGGGAAGUAUAUACAUUGAUCUAUUCUAACAAUUUUGAUUCAAUGAAAUAUGAGAAAAGAAAACAAAAAUAAUGAUUGAAUGCAGAUAUAA